UUGGCACUCAGCCUUCCUUAUGUUCUUGAAAGCUUCAGGAGAAGUUACAGAAGGGCCCUGAAUGAAAAGUAAUGUCCUACUUGGUCAAAAAAAGUAACAUCUGUUCUCCAGAAACAACUGUGUCAUCUCUCCUAGCGAGUGGUAACUUUAAGAGUGGCCAUGAUUCCUUGAGUCACAGUUCAAUCCAAUACAAGGACAAAUGGUAUAGUUCUGCCUCUCAAGCUUUAGAGGCCUAUAUUAAAGAUUUCGAUCUCAGUCUUUCAUCGUCGGACGUCAGAACUGGAAAAAUUGAAAUUCUUCCGAGGGCUCCUGAAAACUUCACAUCCUCAAAGGACAAUUUCAAGGCCAAGAGUGAAAAUGUCAAGCACCGUACACUUCUGGGAAGAAGAAUUGUUUGUGAGCCAGAUAUAGUUAGUCUGACUACAGAUAAUCUUUUAGCAUUUCCUGAAGAUGGUUCCCCCUCUUUCAGGAUUUCUAGGUCAUUAGCUCAGAGAAGCAAUGUGAACAGGAGGUCCUGGACGACAUCUGCUUCUUGUUCUCAUCACUGGACUUCAUCCGUCCACGAUAAAAAAAAAGAAGAUUCUUUGAAAAAUUCCUUGCUUCCUUCCUCGUACCAUGAAGGUAGCAGAAAAAAGGGUACACGAUAUAAAUUUCAAAAACAUCAUUCUCUGCUGCCUGGAAAUGACCAGCUUGCGAGCCGAGAGACAGUGCUUCAUAAGAAUUAUCCAAGAUGGCUGACAAACCAUAAAACUGAGUUGAGCAUUUCAGAUCUAAGCAGUAUUCCUGAAUGCAAAUAUCCCAUCUGGCUGAAGAAUCAUAAUCUCUUAUUGGAUCCAAGUAAUGAAAAUUCCACACAGACCUCACAUGUGUCUUUGCAAGAUAAUCAGGAGUUGGUGGAGUUUCAAAAUAUUAAAAGACAUAAUGAUGUGGUGAGCCUAAGUCACGAGUGUGAUGCUCAAUCACAUCGCCCCAAAGAUUCUCCAUGUGCCUGUUUUCUAUUGAAGGGCUUAAGAGAGCACAAGGAUCCGCUUAUAGAUGACACAGAGAAACUGAUUCAGAAAGCAAGGAGGGCCCUGGAACCUUCUGCUGAGCAAUCAACCAGUCUCCUGAAAAGUGAUGGGAGUCCAUGUACAGUGGAUGUACUAGAAGCAGAAAGAUUGUGGGAUAAUGUUCCAAUUGGUUUAAAAUCUCCGGUACCUGUAUCCUGUGUAGAGGAGAAUUCGCCACCAAACCCCAAGGCAAGGAUGGUCAAUAACUUUUUAGAAGACUGUUUGCAUAAUGAUCAACAG